AUGUCCGCCACUGCCGGCACGGCCAUCCACCAACAUCCCAACUUACAUCACCGUGCCUCCAGUAUGCGGUCUCAUCUUGCCUCCUCGCCGAAUGGGACCACGGCAUUGGUGCACAGUCGCCGCUGGCAAUCGUCGGCUGCGCCACAGAAGAACUUCAGCCACAUCACCCACGAUCUCGUGUGGGGUCUGUGGAAUGAGGGCAACCUCUUCUCUCUCUCCACGGCAGAGCUCACGUACUACUUGCACCAACAGCAGCAGCGCGCUGGCGGCAGCAGCACCUUCGUGAUUGACCCUCAGGCGAAGAAAAGCACCCUCGUACGCCAAGUGGAGGAGGUACUGUCGGCGGAGCAGGCAAGCAUCACGGUGCCGCAGGACGCCGGUACGACGGUGACCAUGACCGGCUCCGACCGUGUCGAGGAAACCCUCGACGAGGCGGACGAGUACGGUGACUGGGGAGCCGAGCCUGGCUUUGAGGAGCGGCGCCACAUUGACUACAUGGAGUUCAACCCGCUGCGCAUGGGCGAACGGUACGAUCCGCUUGUGCCGCGCGCCUACCAGCUCCUUCACAGCGACCUCUCUGCCGAUGUCGGUCUGACGGCGUUGGACCCGUCCAAGUUUCCUGGGCAGAGCAAAAACAAAAUUGCGUACCUUGUCUCAAAAGUGAAUGUGGACAAGGCGAAUGAGCAGCACUUCCGCCGCGGCCUUGAGUGGUGCCUCGCCAACCUGUGGAACACCAACAUGAACGGCGAGCUGAACAUCGGCGCCGGUCGCGUCAUUUUCUACCGCAGCAUCGCAAAACAGAACCGCAACACGCUCCCUCUCUGGACGCUGCAGCGACACCUCUACGCCUACCACCCGUACGUGUGGUUCGCCAUCGCCUCCACCUCCAACGCGGAGGCGAUGGAGAAACUGGCGGAGCGACUCGGGAUGAAGCUAGUGCAGGAUGCGACGACAAGCUACAAGAUCAACAUCCGUCGUUCUAGUGAGCUGCUCGAUGGGGAGCUGAACGCGCAGCUGCAGUGCACAAAGGUGAACCGGCCGUGGGACAGGUUUCUCGUCACGCACUACGUGCGCUCUCAAAUGCCGGAUCUGCGCUUUCUCGUGCGUGCGCGUCAUCCGAUCAAGAAGCGUAUUGUGGACGCGUACCUCGAGGCGGACAUUCUCCGCAGCACUCGCGACUCGGUACAGUCGGUGCUCUCGCCGGAGCUUGGCGAAGUCUGCUACUGCUGCGAGCGCGUGAUUCGAAAGUGGGCGAUGCGGACACAGACUGGGGUGACGCUGCAGCUCGUGGAGACACGACGCACUCCGCUUAUCAUCACCAAGGCUGGCGACGAGGGCGAACGGCUCGAGUACGAAUGGAUUGUGGUGCUCCCUCAGAAAGCGGAGCGUAUCGAUGUCGCGGCUCUGUCGGCGGAGCUGUGGGACUACGGCAAUCUGCUGGCAAGGGAGCUGGAGCCGGGCAUGGAGGAGUUCCUGUCUCAUACGAUGACGGCGGCAGCUUCCUACUAA